GUCUGCUUUCCCAACUUCAAUUCGAGUGAGCUGUUCGGCAAAGAAAUGGCGCUGCCUCCGAACUGGACCAAGUACACUACAGAUGAUGGCAAGGAGUACUAUCACAACUCGGUUGCAAACAAGACCCAGUGGGAGAAACCUGAUUGGUCCGAAGGUCCGGAGUCUGGGUCGUUUCACAGCCAGAGCUCGGAAGUGUAUCGCCCCACUGUGUCGGAUCUGGACUUGCAGGAGAGGGCAACAGGCACUGCUCAGAUGGUACCGCUGAGUGGGGAGGAGGCGCGGGGUGGAAAGCUGGCCACAGAGGCAGAUACCGUCUCCCUUAGGGAAGCUCCUCGUGGUGUUAUGGACAGUGCUGGUGGGGGCCCUCCACCAGGUCCCCAAAGCCAGGGCUCCUUCCUUGGGUUUGGCAGUAUGCUUGCUUCUGCUGCAGCUGGCUCAGAGGAAGGGGCAGCUGGAGUACAGGGAUGGGCAGGCUCUAUGCUUGCCUACGGGCAGCAGUUGUUUGAUGUUAGUUCAGAAGAUGUCCUCAAGCGGCUGAAGCUUGCUUUGGUACCCUUCCAGGGGCAAGAGGACGCGGCCAAUGACUUCCGCACAAGGCCUGACUUCUAUGGGCCUUUCUGGGUGGCCACUACAGCCGUCCUUUUUCUUGCGGCCACUGGCAACUUUGCGAGGCUUCUGGAGUUGGAGGAUGAGCAGCUCUUCAAGUCAGACUUCUCGCUGGUCAGUGUGGCCGGAUGUCCCAUCUCGCGUGCCCGAUGUCGGAGGGGAGGUGAUGGGAGUCUGGAAGGUCUUGGCGUUUCAGAGGCCGCCAGCAUGAUCUAUGGCCUACUUGUCGCUGUGCCGCUGGCUGCCCGCUUGGGCCUCUAUUGCUCGGGCCAGUCGGUGGAUUGCAUUAACUUCAAACAGGUGAUUUGUGUGUUCGGCUAUUCGCUCACGCCGCUCAUACCAAUGUCUGUGAUUUGCCUGGUGCCGAUGGGAUUCCUUCGCUGGUUGGCCGUGUGUGUGGGUUUAGUCACGUCCCUUGCCUUUAUCUAUGGCACACUGUCAACAGACUUGGCUGUGGAGGCAAAGGAUACCAAGGGAACAUGGCGAGACUGAAAUCAUGCAAGAGAUUGCAAGAGUAGGCACAGAUUCAUUUUGUUAGUUCCGAAGUGGAAGUCCUUGGUGCGGCAGGGAAGAUCAGGGAAGAAUUUUCAAUGACCACUGGCACACACACACACAAACCUUAGGAGCAAAUCCCACACAUGUGCUUUCAUGUCCAGCGCGGCGUUUGGCAGGCGCCCUCAUUGAAGUGGAAGGUCUUGGGCCUCUUCUGCUGCGCACAUGCCAUCAUCUUCAUGACGUACCGCAUCUACUUCUUUCAUUCGAUCUGACGCGGAAGAAGCGCGUGGAGAA